AUGGCGGAGGAGGGCUGUUUGUACGAGUUAGAGGGGCUCGACAAACAAUUGCAGAGUUUGUUGAGCCGCUACUCAAGCGACGAACUGCGAGCCGAUAGCAAAGCGUUCUGCUCAGACUUUAGCAAGUUGGUGGAGGAGCAUGCCUCUCGCUGGCAGGUGCCGCUGCCUCAGCUCAGGAUCCUUGAGCUAAGUCUCUGCUACUUCGCUCGAGCCUCCACCUCCUUCACACCAAACUGUGAUCACGUGCUCCACACACUCAGUAGUCUGGCUUUGAGCGUUUUUGAGUUGCUGCUGUUCUUUGACCAGAAGGACUUCCAUCAGGAGCCACUGAAACAAUUCACUGUUACAUUCCAGGAAUGUCACAAUUUGGCCCUCUCGAGGCAUCCGAAUGUUCACUUUCUUCAGGUGGCGUGUUCGGUUCAGGGAGGAGGGCCCUGGGCCGGCACAGCCUUACAGGCAAUCCUCAGUGAGUCCAGUUUACCUCAGAGUGAAGUGGAUGGGUGCAUCAGCUCUGAGCUGCCGGUGUUCUUUGAGCUCAGAGUGCGCUACCUCUUAUCCUGUGAGCGGGUCAGCGAGGCUAUGGCCCUGGCUAAGUGUUGUGCUCAGCAUCCCACAGCAGGACAACACUUGUUCUUCCUCCAGGUCUACCUCACAUGGCUUUGCAAAACGUCACAGCAUGACCUCCUACGUAAAGAGGUGGCUGAAUUUAAUGGUAAAGAUGCAAUUCACAUCAUCUGUAGUUUGGAGUGCGAGGAAAAGGAUGAGCUGCUCCUCGCCCUCAGCAGAGCCUUCCUCUCUCAGCAGCUCCGCAGGGAAGACAUGUACUAUUUGUAUGAGCUUGUCUUUAUAUGGAGUAAACUUCACAGUCGGUUGAAUACAUCCAAGCAAGCUCUACUUGAGGAGAGUCGUCAGCUGAUGCUGUCUGCCACAAAUGUCAACUCAAUCUUCCCGUUCAUCAGAGCCAUACUGCAAGAGCUGGGUGAAGAUGGUAUCCAGUUCUGCGUGGAGCUUUGUGCUAAUGCCUUGGGGUCUUGCCUUCCCUGCGAUGUCAUCACCAAGUCCCUAAUCUAUAAAACCAUCGCUGGCCUGCUACCCAAUGACCUGGAGGUCUGCAGAGCAUGUGCUCUUCUUGUCUUCUUCCUCGAACGCACUGUUGAAACCUACAAGAUGGUGUACCUUCUUUACAUGCAUCCUGAUCAGGAGUACCACGUGGAGCAGAGCCCCAUUGCGAAUCACGUUCGCUUUGAAACCCUGCAGGUCUUGAAGAAGGACCUGUACUUUGACCCCGAGUUUUGGAACCUCAUCACUUUGCGGACCAACUGUUUGAAGCUGAUGAGUGAGAAGGUGGUAAGUGCUGCCCUCGAAGAGAUCAUGGAGGACAAAUGGAUCCUGAGCUACUGCACCAAAGAACCCGCUUCCCGAUCAAGCACAUCAGUAUGUCAAAAAGGAAGUAAAGAGGCGGCUGCUAAGAAGCAGCACCUUAAAGAGGACAGACUUCACAAAGAGGACGCUGCUUCCAAGAGAUUAAAGGUGGGCCCUGGCAGAACACGAUUAAAUGUUGACCACACUGUAAGGAAGAGAGGACGACCUUUGAAGAAUGCAUCAUCUCAACCUUUGAGGCGUUCAUUUUGGCAGCUAGACAGACUACAGGACAAUGUAGCUGUUGGGUAUGGAGAGCUUAGACGCACUACACGACUCUCAGAGAAGAACCCACCAAAACGGAGGAUCAGACAACCCAAGUGGCUUCUGGAAGACUCGGGAAGUGUUGGAGAAAAUAAUGUUCUUCCAAAGAUCAGAAAGUAUGGACUGAGACAUCAAAAGCACCAUCGAGCUUCUGUCAUAAAGAGGCCUGAAACUGGUGAGCUCCAAAACAAUGAAAAACACAAACCUUUAGUAGACUCUCAUUUAAGGGAAAACAACAGCAAUCCACAGAGAGGGUGUUCUUUGGACAAUGUUAAACCAACCGCCUCUCCACAAGUAAUUCUCGAGCUCUCACUACCAGACAAUGAACUCAUGGGAACAUUUACUGAAGACUCUUGCAACAGACAGAGAGGUAUCCCUCAGGUGCUUCUUUACAGACCUACAGUGAAGAUUCCCGCAUCAUCACAACCUGUGAAGACUGUACAUCGUAAAGAGGUGAUUCUCAGAGCGCGGGAUGCAACCAUGCUUCUACAACAGAUGCACUGUUAUGCUCGGCGGCAGAAAGGAAAAGGUAACGUGCUGAAUAUUCAAGGCUCAGUAUCCACAAUCACUCGUUCCUCAGUGCAAGGAAGUCCUCCAAAGGAUCCACAGAAAGAGCGUGCCGUUGAGAUGAAAGGUGGAAUUGGCUCUCAGACGCGAGCAGCAGCUGAAAAUACAGAAUCCCCAGCUUUAGAAAAAGUCCAUCAGACUCAAACUGCAAAAGCAGUCUCACGAAAGACAGUUUCAGGAAGAGAGCUCUCUGUGAAGUCUGCUGCUGAGAUGAAAGCUACAAAUGCAUCACAGACAUCAUCUGAAGUCACAGAAGCCCCAGUUUUGGACAAGGUCCUGCAAGCUCAAUCCAUAGCUUCAGCAAAGGAGCUCUGCGAAGAGUCUGCUGUUGAGAUGAAAGUAACGUUUGCAUCAACAGCGGCUAAAGUGACUCAAUCCCCAGGUUUAGAUAAGGUCUCUAAAGCUGCGAAAGACGCUUCAAAAACUUCUGCUGAGGUCAAGCAAACCUCCACUGCUGUCAGCAAUCAGAUGGUAGUCGCUGAUAAGACCUCUUCAGUAUCAAAUAUGGCCAACAUUUCAAACAUUGUAGCUACUGAUUUCACGCCCUCACAGUCUCAAGAUGUUCUCAGAGAUGGGAAACAAGAACUGAAGUCAUUCUCUUCUCAGGCUGAGAUGUGCAAAUAUCAAGCCGCUCCAGCAAAAGCAGCCACCCCAGAGGUACUCACCACUGUCAGCAACAACAUUUCUGAGGUGGAUGUCAGAGAAGUUUCACCUAGCCUGUCAAAAGGACAUGCACCUUGUGCAAAUGACACAAGAGAGGGAACUUCUCAUACACCCACCGAUCAGGACAAUAUAAAUGACAUAUCUGCUCUGACACUAGUAACAGAAAUGGUCACUGAACUGGCACCCGAGGCGCUUGCUCGAGAUCUGGAGAACCACAAACAGCCAGCUCCAGAAGACGUUGCCUCUAAUGGGUCUACAGCUGGAAAUACAUCUAAAGUUCCUUGUAAAUCCAAAGUUCCUCACAGCUGCUCUGUAGUCGCUGAUGUGCAAGGGAAGGAAGAGGGAGCUCAGGAUAUUUGUCCAGAAACACCUGAAGACAGUGAACCGCAAUCAGAGGAAUCCAAGUUGGAGUACUGUUGUACUUUCUGCAGUAAGGACUUUAAGGGAAGUCGCGUUGUAGCACACGCCAUGUUCCAUUAUCGGAAAGAUGAGUGUAUGUUCUGUGGGAUGAAGUUUAAAGAUGACCUCCUGGCCAUGAUGCACCUGUCUGACCACAUUGAGAAGCUAAAGAGGAUCAAAGAUUCAGAUGGUAACAAAGCCCAAGAAAAUUCGGUCUCUGGGACCAAAGACAUCUACACACCCAAGACCUCGGGCCAAGCUAAGACUGCAAACGUGUCCUCUGGGCAGCGUACAAGAGGGAGACCGAGGAAAUCUACUGACUCUCCUAAAUUAGUGAGCCUUCCAGAUUUAACACCGUCUGGAUCUAGACAGUUAAGAUCCAAUGACAAGCCAGUGGAUAGUCCAUCUUUCCGUGACACGAAACAAAACCAAUCAAAGCACCUUAAUAGUAAAACUCCUGUUCACAAGGUGAAUGGCCAUAUUGGUAAAAAGAGAGGGCCGGGCAGACCGAGAAAGGACUCCUUAAAACCAGAACCUGAGCAGCCUCCUUCACAGCAGAUCUCUCAAGAAAGACCAAAUGUUGGCGACAAAAAUUCAAGGAUGCAUGAGAACAAAGACAAAAAGAUGGAUUCCUCUGCAGCAUCAGUAAAGGCAGUCUCUUCCAUUAAAAACAAAACGAAGGCAUCAGAAUCUCUGAAGGUCCUGAAGACGACCACAAAACAAAGUGUUAAAGUUGUCGAGGCAAAAAAUGUGGAGCCACAAGAGAAACUCUGCUGCCCUGCAGAGGGUUGUGCUUGGUCUACAGACCUGUCGAAAAACCGUGUUGCACUCCUUUACCACGCUCUCCAAGAGCACUAUGGUGAGGUCAAACCUCUAAAACUAGCCUUCCGUGUCGGAAACAACAAAUGUAGUAGUUGCAUGAGGGUUAUGUGGAGUUUCGAGCAUUUUCGGCACCACGUUGAACGACACAGACUCAGUCCUCGGCAUCCUUGCCAACAUCGGGGAUGCACUGCUAGGUUCAAAACUGGAAUGGAAAUGAGGCGCCAUGCCAGGAGGCACAGUCCACUGCAGGCAGUGUGCUGCCUCCCUGGUUGCUCUCAGCUAUUUAUUUGUCUCUGGGCGCUGAACCUUCAUGAGAGAGAGCACUAUGCUUCCAAACCCACAAAACUAGACACAAAAGUGCAGACAGGCAGCAAAAAUGACAACAUGCCGGAUGGGAAGAAACAACCAGAUCAUAAGCCAAAAGAUGCUACCACUACUGCAAAUAAGACUGUGAGUGUAAAGGCUGUUCGUAAAUUAAGAGAAGCGACACAUAACUCGUCAACAAGGAAACAUUUUCAGGCUCCUCCUCCUCCCGCUGCUGUCAGUGUGUCUCUGCUGAAAGAGAGAAAGGAAUCACAUGUCUUGAAGAAUCUUUCGAACAAAGACACCUCCACGCAGUCCACCGGCCCUAUUCUGAGAUUAAGGCACACGUUAAGAAAAGUUGCAAGUACAAAAAGUGAAAAAGUCACCUCUUCAUCGUUGUUAAAACACAAUAUCAAAAGGAGAAUUAAGUUCAAGAAAAAGCAGGUUCAAGUAAACUCAAAGUUUCCUAAAAGAAGAGGUCGUCCACCCAAGUUAAAGGUGCCGGUGCAUGAUGAAAACGUAACUACUGGUCAAAACGAGCAAACUGGUGUUGGCAAAACUGCAAAGCGUGCAAGCCUCCCAAAAGCAUCAGAGACACCAAAUGUGAUGAUUGAGUCAAAAGAAGAAAAGAGUCAAAAGGUCCAAGAUGUGGUCAAAACUACAGAAACAUCAGUCUGUGAAUUAAGGUCCAAGAAAUCAGUGAACAGGCAGGUGAAGAAGAAUCAUGUUAAACAAAAGAGUAUUUCACAUGACAGUGUGACAGCGAACAGUUUCAAUCAGUUAGCAGGCAAAACACAGAAAUUAACAGCUGACAGAAGGAGGAAAAGGCAUAAAGUGAAAACAUGCUCUGUUCCGAAAGAAAAAAGCAGUCAAACUUCUUCUACAGACUCCAAGUCAAAGGAGCACAAGGUUAUGAUAAACAAAGCCAACACAAAUAUUAUGAAGAAACGUCCUGUCAAGAAACCAGAGUCUGCCUCUGAGAAGCCCGCCAAGUCAGCGUCUGAUGACCCACAAGUUGAGGCCAAAGCACCAGCAGCAGCACCAGAAGCUGAAGCAGGAGUAGAAAGUUCUGCAAAUGAGGGAAAAGCAAAGGAAGAAACCACAGACUCAACACAAAGCGGCUCUGGUAACACCGUCCCCGCUGUUCCAGCUGAACCCCCUGUCCCUGCUGUCCUAACUGAACCAGCUGUCCCUGCUGCCCCAACUGAACCAGCUGUCCCUGCUGUCCCAGCUGUUUCAGCUGUCCCAACUGUCCCAGCUAACAGUUCAGAUGUGAUAACUGCACCACCCACCACCUCAAGGGAGAAAAUGCAGAAGGUAACCAAAUCAAAGAUAUCCCAUGUGAAAAAAGAAGGAAUAAGACUUGAAAAGAAAGAGCAGAGUACUGCUUCUUCAGACUCAGGCAAGACAAAUAAGAAGCACAAAGAUGUUGAUGAAAAAGGGGACAAGAACACGCCAAAGGGAAGAACACUGUGUAAAGAUGCAAGCAAAACACCAGUUUCUAAAAAGAAAGCCAAGACAUCUGCAGACCAACAGGAGAAGCCUAAAGCAGCAGCAGCAGAGGGCUCUCCUGAAGAAAAAGAAGGAACAGAUGCAGCACUCGACAGCUCCGGUUCCUGCGUCCCUGCUGCCGCAGCGAGCAGCUCUGAUGAAACGACUACUCCACAGACCGCCACUGAAGAGAAUACACAAAAGGGAGAAACAAAAGAAAUAUCCCAAAAACCUCAUGUCACAAAAGACCCCAACAAAGCAAAAAAGCGCAAGAAUGUUCCUCAAGAAGGUGACACAAAGAUUGUCAAGAAAAAAACGAAGGUCCAACCGAAGGCAGAGAGCUCUUUAGGUGAAGACGGAAGAACGUCAAUGGAAACAGAAACAAUUAGCACCUCUAGUCACUCGGUAAUAAUGAACGGACAGGCAGCAAGCGAAGAUGUGAAAUCUGCAUUGUUCCUGAACAAUCUUGCAGAAUACGGUAAGAAGCCGUACAUGCGUCCGCCACCAACAGCGUACCUGGAUGAGAAGUACAUCACCAUGCCAAAACGAAGGAAGCAAGUGCUGUUUCAGCAGUCGUUACAGAAGAGCUUCCCUUCUCACCAAAGCUGUGUUACAACAGCGCCGCAGAGACAUCGAUGUGCCAACUGUUUUGCAACUUUCGACAGUUCUGAGGAGCUGCAGGGUCAUCACCAGCUGCAGAAGUGCUCCAACGUCUUUGGAUUUGACUCUGAUGACGAGGGCAGCAGUUUAACAUUUCCUAUUGAGUCAAAGUGAACUGACGUUUUGGAUGCCUGAUAAACUGACCUGUGGACCUGCGUAAAGCCACUGGACGGAUCAUACCUCACUGGAUCAGCGCUCUAUGGAUGACAAGUACAUCACUAAAGGCAACGACUGGUGCAUCUGGAGAACUGAAGGGGUAACCUGACAUUUCACUGCAGCAUGUGCCUGUAACGCAAGGCCCGGGAGCGGCCAGAACACGUGAAAUAGCCAAUCAGUGAAAGACAGCUGAACUGAAUCUCAGUCGCCGUUAGAGGAACAGCUCGUACUGAAGUGCCUGCUCUGGAACCGCCGUGCUGUUUCCAGCUGCUUCACCUGGGAUGGAGAUAAAGGAUUGUGGCUUAAAGACUGGACUAUUGAAAGCUGUGAAAAAAAUCCUGACGCAAGAUGACAGGGCGGCUCCUGCUAUCACUAGGACACAUAUUUUCCACAUCACAAAGCCAUAAAAUGCCAUUGUUUGCUUUUUGCACUCUUCUCAUAAGAUUUCUCGAUUUCUUUCUGCUUAAACUCAAAGUGUUGGGAAUUCGAUGAACAAGCAUCUAAACAUAAUGUUUUUUUUGAACAUCCGAAGGUUACAUCUAAUUUUCAAAACUUUGAAAAGUUGUGAGAUUGCUGUAUCAGAGUCUUCUUUGGGAAAAUGUUAUGUAUAAUUAUUGUUUAAAUACUAAUUGUAGUUCUUAUGCAGAAUUCCCUACGAGCUUGAUGAAGGCUGAACUCCUCACAAUGAGUAUCCAGUAGGGGGCAGAGUGCACCAAUCUCUUCAGUAUGUUAGCAGAUGUUUUUUUUACUCUUGCAAAACAUAAGAUCAUAUUAACUUGUUUUUACAAUGGAAGGAUUUCUACAUACAAAGCUGCUCCACUGUAUUUAUCACUGGACAGAAAAUGGUGUCACUUCCAGCCACAUCCAUCUUUAGAGGUACAACAGUGACAAUAAGUCUUUGCGUCGAAAAUUAAAUUUGGCAUUAAAAAAGGAAAAAUUGGCACUGAAAAAAAUCCACAGGAAAAACAGGCAUUAA